AUGACCAGCGAGUGUUGUGUGUCAUCCCCAGCUCGCUGCACCACGGAGUGCGUCCACGGCCGCUGCGUGGCUCCAGACCGAUGUCAGUGCGAGGGAGGCUGGCGAGGCCACGACUGUUCAAGCGCCUGUGGCGACAAGCAGUGGGGUCCACGCUGCGGUCAGCAGUGCAAGUGCAAGAACGGCGCCCUCUGCGACCCGGGCAAGGGGACGUGUGAGUGCCCGCCGGGCUACAUGGGACGCUACUGCGAGGAAGCCUGUCCCGCCGGCACCUUCGGCAAGAACUGUGCACAGAAGUGCAAGUGUGGGGCGGGCGGCUGGUGCGACAAAGCCAGCGGGGAGUGCUCCUGCCGCGACACUUUCACCGGCACCUUUUGUGAGAAGGCGUGCUCUAGGAAGUGCCCGGCGCGAUGUCCCUGUCAGAAUGGAGGCAUCUGCAGGGGCAAAGGGGUGUGUGAGUGUCCUCCUGGAUGGACGGGUUCUGUCUGCACGGAGCCAUGUCCUGAGGGGCGCUACGGACCCAACUGUGCCCAGGAAUGUGUCUGCCACAAUGGAGGCACAUGUCACCCUGAGACUGGACACUGCAAAUGUGCCAAAGGUUUUACUGGGAACAGGUGUAGUGAGGAGUGUGCGGUGGGCUCGUACGGCCAGGACUGCCAGGGCGUGUGCGACUGCGCUAACGGCGCCCGCUGCUACAACAUCGACGGAGGCUGCCUGUGCGAGCCCGGCUUCAGCGGCCCCAACUGCCAGAACAGGAUGUGUCCUCACGGCAAAUACGGCAUGCACUGCGAGCGCACCUGUCUCUGCCAGGACCAGCACACGCUCAGCUGCCACCCGAUGAAAGGCGAGUGCACGUGCCAAGCAGGCUGGGCCGGGCUGUACUGCAACGAAACCUGCGCCCAGGGUUUCUAUGGCAACGGCUGCCAAGAGCCUUGUCUGUGUGUCAAUGGCGGCGUGUGCGAUGGCGCCAGCGGCCAAUGCCAGUGCACACCUGGAUAUACGGAUGUCCACUGCCAGAGUCCUUGUAAAAGCGGCACCUUUGGCAAGAAGUGCUCGCUGGAAUGUUCCUGUCAGAACUUUGUGGACUGCUCGCCCAUUGAUGGGAGGUGUUUCUGCAAAGAAGGCUGGCGAGGACCAGACUGCUCGCUCCCCUGCUCGGAGGGAACAUGGGGCCCCGGCUGCAACGCCACCUGUCAGUGCGCCAACGGGGCCAAAUGCAGGCCGACGGAUGGAUGGUGCACCUGCACGGCGGGCUGGCAGGGGGCGCACUGCGAGCAGUCAUGCCCGGUGGGUUGGUUUGGGCCCGGCUGCCAGAAGAGGUGCGACUGUGUCCACGCCGACGCUUGCCAAGCGACUACGGGGAAGUGCCAGUGCCUGCCAGGCUGGUGGGGCCCGCGCUGCAGCCAACCAUGCUCAGAGGGCCUGUGGGGGCGCCACUGCAACCACACCUGUGCCGAGCACUGUCCCAACAGCGACAGGUGUGUGCGGGAGACAGGAGCGUGCGUGUGCGGUCCAGGCUACUGGGGGGUCAGCUGUCAGAACAAGUGCAGAGCCGGCACGUACGGCCAGCAGUGCAGCUCGUCCUGCCCGUCCUGCGCUGGGUCCUACCGCUGCCACCAUGUGAGCGGAGAGUGCGACUGCCUUGCCGGGUACACGGGCCACGACUGCCAUCAAGUUUGUCCACCUGGCUACUACGGCAAGCAGUGUUCCCAGGUGUGCCCGCCCUGCGCCAACAACGCCACGUGCCACCACACAGACGGGCAGUGCCAGUGUCUGCCUGGCUGGACAACCCCCGACUGCUCCAUACCCUGCAGUCCAGGGCGCUUUGGCACUUCCUGUUCUCAGACCUGCUCCUGUGCCGCCAACUUCCUGUGCCACCCAGUCACGGGGGACUGUCAACAAGACCCUCCAGAGCCAGGCAGCGUUAUGGUUCCUUUUCCUCCCGGCGAGAGGGAGUCGUGGGCGGCCAUCAGCGGCGUGGUGGCGCUGGUCAUCCUGGUGGUUCUGCUGCUGGUUCUGCUGCUGCUCUACCGGCGCCAACAGAAGGUCAAGCAGAACAACACACCUACCGUCUCCUUCUCUGCCAGCCGCACCGUCAACUCGGAAUACGCCGUUCCAGAUGUUCCACACAGCUACCAUCACUACUACUCCAACCCCAGCUACCACACGCUGAGGGACAACCGGCCGCCGCUGCCUCACCUGCCCAACAACCAUGAUCGCACCAUCAAGAACACCAACCAGCAGCUGAAGAAGAUGCAGCCAGACGGUCACGGCCUCUUCAACGCCACGCUGCCUGCAGACUGGAAACACCAGCAGGCUCGCCAAGAACCAGGAGCGUUUGGAAUGGAUCGGAGCUACAGCUACAGCGCCAGCCUUGGCAAAUAUUUCCACAAAGAACUGAAGGAUGCGGCGAUGGCGAGCAGCGGCUCUCUGAACAGCGAGAAUCCUUACGCCAGCAUCAAGGAGGUCCCGGAGAGCAGCUACAUGGAGAUGAAGGCGGCCGUGCCCAGAGAGCGAGCCUACACCGACAUCAGCCCGCCGCCUCUCUUCCACUCCGCCUCCUUACACAGAAUGCGGCAGAACUCUGUGGGCCACGCCCCCCUGGAGGACCCCCACAGUCACUACGACCUCCCUGUCAACAGCCACAUCCCUGGACACUACGACCUUCCUCCCCUUCGCCGACCCCCCUCCCCCAGGGGGACGCCACAGUGAUGUCACGGCAGGGCACCAUGCCGCCCCCGGGUGGGGAGACUCCAUGCCGCCCCCGGGUGGAGAGACUCCAUGCCGCCCCCGGGUGGAGAGACUCCAUGCCGCCCCCGGGUGGAGAGACUCCAUGCUGCCCCCGAGUAGA